AUGUGUUUCGAAUCGAAAACCGUUGGGGUCCAAUCGGAACUUUCGAUUGGACCCCAACGGUCGGCGUGGAACAGCCACACGAGACUCAAGGCUGCUUCUGAAGACGACGAAGCCGAGGCGGCGGUUCGCAAGGUGGCUGAGGCUUAUGAAGCUGGCACAAGAGCAAGAGAUAUCGAUGCGUUGAAGGCGGUCUUUGCCCCAGAGGCCAGCAUGUCGGGAUGGCUGGGCGACCAAAUGUUGUGUGGAAGUCCACAACCCUACUUUGACUUUGUCGCGGCCAAUGAAGUCGCCGAUGACUACACGGCAGAAAUUGUCUCGGUGACCGUCAAUGGCAAAAUUGCAUUCGUGGAGACCAAAGAAAGCAACCUGUUUGGGAUGGAGUUUUCCAACUAUCUGCACCUGUUGCAGUACGAAGACAAUUCCUGGAAGAUUACCGCGAAGCUUUUUCGCCACUAUUGA